CCGAGCCCCCGGCGCGGCGCCCAGGGAAGAUGGCGGCGCCCUUAGCUCAGCAGCUGGAGCAGCUGCUCAACCCCCUGCCGCGGCCGGCCGACCCGGAGGACGACCCGGAGGAAGCCACUGCUGCCAGGGUGAUCGACAAGUUUGAUGAGGGCGGAACCGAAGAUGACAUCCUUGCCGUCGGCAAUAUACGGAAACGAGCCUCCGCCUCCCUCUUAGAAGCUGAUAAGAGGUACAGCGGGAGAGCUGUAUCUCGCCAGACCUUGCAGGAAGAACGAUGGGGAGAGUCUCUGCCUGGAGCAGCAUUUGAUGAAGAAACAUCAUCUGAGAGAGACCUAGACAGUGGAGAUCUGGAGGAAGAAUUGGAUGAGGACAUUCUAGAUGCUACAGCUGAUCAGGACGAUGAGCACAGCAGCUCUCAGGAUGACCAGGAGGGUGAAAGUGACCAAGAGGAGGGGAGAGAAACAUCUGCCCAGCUCCAAACACCAAAGUUCAGUUUCCAGAACAUCCGUGACUUUGAGAAAUUUACGGAAGGGAUGGAUGAUGUGGGGAGCAGUGAAGAGGAGGAUGAGGAAGAGGAGGAUGAAGAAGAAGGGAGCAAUGAAGAAGAAUCUGGGGAUGCAAGUGAGGAGGACGUGGGAGAUGCCAAAGAGAGCGAGGAUGACGGGGGGGUGGUGACCUUCUCUAAAGAAAAAGUGUCUGAAGAAGUAGAAAAAGGAAAAGCUGUGAAAAACCAAAUAGCACUGUGGGACCAGCUAUUAGAAGGGAGAAUCAAACUGCAGAAAGCGCUCCUAACGGCCAACCAGCUUCCACAGCCAGAUACAUUCCCGGCGUUUAAAAAGGAAGGUGGGCGAGAGUUUGCCAGUGCACUCAAGAACAGUUAUAAAGCCUUGAAGGCGUUGCUGAGAGCAUUAGUGGACCUCCAGGAUGAGCUGCUCUAUCAAUAUCCAGGCACGAGGCAUCUGGUAGAUGGGAAGCAAUCAAAAGUGGAGAGUGAUGAGGAGAUCCCCAGUGGUAGUGAUGAAGAGAUGGGAGGUGAGGAUCAGAUGAGGCGGAAAGGCCCCGCUAAACGGAAGCUAGAGAUGGAAGACUAUCCAGAAUUCAUGGCUAAGCGAUUUGCUGACUUCAGAACGUAUCGGAACAACACCUUGCAGAAGUGGCAUGACAAGACCAAACUAGCUUCUGGCAAAUUGGGGAAGGGUUUCAGUGCCUUUGAGCGUUCAAUCUUGACUCAGAUUGAUCAUAUUAUGAUGGACAAAGAGAGAUUACUACGGCGGACACAGACUAAGCGAUCUGUGUAUAGGGUACUUGGAAAGCUGGAGCAGGAAUCUCAGCCCGUCCCCGAAUCAUUGCCUGGAUGUUCGGAGGUCGUCCCUCAAGCCAAAUCCAACACGCACCUAAAAGACCUGGAUGAGGAGAUCUUUGAUGACGAUGACUUUUACCACCAGCUCCUUCGAGAACUUAUAGAACGGAAAACCAGUUCGCUGGAUCCCAACGAUCAGGUGGCCAUGGGCAGGCAGUGGCUGGCCAUCCAGAAGUUACGAAGCAAAAUACAGAAGAAAGUGGACCGAAAAGCCAGCAAAGGAAGGAAAAUCCGGUAUCAUGUCCAUAGCAAACUGGUGAGCUUCAUGGCACCUAUUGACCACUGUACAAUGAAUGAUGAUGCCAGGACGGAGCUUUAUCGAUCGUUGUUUGGCAAAAUCACGCAUCCCGAAGAACCCAAGCAGAAUUAGCAUCAAGCCUUUGCAGAAGGAAAACAUAUGCACAAACACUUACUUUUGUUCUCUGCGUUUGGCUAAAGCCCAGUGGGAUCCUUCGUGUGCAUUUGGACUCUUGCCUCUGUGCUGCCGGAAGCUGCCGCCACGUUGUCACAUCUGGCCCGUUUGAUACGGGGCAGUUUGUAGCUCAGAGCUCUACUCCCGUGGUUCACUUAGUGAUGGCCGCAGUGGGGUUCACUGAGAGAGCUUUUAGCCAUGCGGUAGCCCACAACUUGGAUUUCAAGACCGGCGUGAAGUGGAUAAUGUCCUGUCCAGGGAAGCGCCAGCACCCUUCCCUUUUAAGUUCACUCAGAAAGUGUGUAUUGUCUUGUCUGUUAGGAUGUCUUGUAAUUUGCUGAGGAUUAUUUUAUUUCAUGCAGACGCCAUAGCUGAAUUGUGCAGUAUCAAAUCAGAGUUAAGAAGCAAAUGUACCCUGGCAAGAGGGCAUCCCCAUAUAUUUUUUGCAAUUCAGUUUAGAAUCUGUCCCUGCCAAUUAAAGAACAUACAAUACCCUUCCCUUUUUGAUCAUCUUGUAUUUGUGGUCCUGAUCCUGAAAUCUUAUCCACACAAGUAGACCCUUACGCCUGUCUAGAAUCCCACUGAAAUUAGGGGGGCUCCGAAGGUGGCUGUUUAAGCAGAUCAUACUGCAGAAUGGGGACCUGAAUGGGGACCUACGUUUGUGUUAAACCAACUUCCUGAACCUUCGUUUGCAAUGCACGGUUCUGCAGCAGUAUUUUCGAAUGCCGCAGCUGUGCAUUGACUGAGCCGAUGGCUAAAAUGCCAUUAACAUGGCUGGAAAAAGGCGCUCCCCAUCCAUGGGUUGCGUGAAUUCCAAAGAGUCCAAACUCCUGGGCUUCCAAAAGCACUGCUUAUUGUGCAUAAAAGGUCAGUCAUGGAACGGCUCCCAGCUGAACGCACGCGCAUGACCAGGGAUAUUUUUGCAAUUGGAAAAUGUUUGUGGAUUUUCAGUUCAGCAUUGAUCGCGAACACCAUUAUUUUUGCUGAUCAGGAUGCUUUGAGGCCUCGUCCGUUUCUCUCCACUAGUGACACACUUUCGACAGAGGUUAGCACCGGUGUAAAUCUGGCAAGAGGAGAUGAUUCACUUGUUUUUUUACAUUGGAAGGUCAAAAGCUGAAAAUUAAAUCCCCAUAAGGGGGAUUUAUUAGCCUGCUGUGACCAAUCUCAGAUGAAGAUUAUCUUGCAUAAAUAAUGUGUGCAUAUGUUUGUAGUAUAACAGCGAGAUGGCCAUUGCAUUGACUUGUUUAACUACAUUGGCUCUGUUUUGUUCUUUAACUAAUCUGAUUAAAAUAGCCCGUACAUUGACUAA